CAGCCCUGGUCUGCAGAAAGACAACCCUGUCUUUUCGUGUUGCUGAUUCCAAUCCGCUUAACUCGUGGCGAAAUUUGCAUUUCCCAUCUCGCAGAGAAUUCGCAUCCCAUAACAGAAUGCCGGGCGUUGAAACGAUCAAAUCCUCUUGGGCGGAUGAGGUGGAGCUGGACUACGGCGGACUGCCUCCGACGACAGAGACCGUGGAGAACGGGCACAAGUAUGUGACCGAAUACAAGUACAACAAGGAUGACAAGAAGACCAAGGUGGUGCGCACCUACAAGAUCUCCAAGCAGGUGGUACCGAAAACGGUGGCCAAGCGACGCACCUGGACAAAGUUUGGCGAGUCGAAGAACGACAAGCCGGGCCCCAACUCCCAGACGACCAUGGUUUCCGAGGAGAUCAUCAUGCAGUUCCUCAAUUCCAAGGAGGACGAGAAGGCCAACGAUCCGCUGCUGGAUCCCACCAAGAACAUUGCCAAGUGCCGUAUUUGCAACGGUGAGCAUUGGUCGGUCAACUGUCCGUACAAGGGCACUGCGAUGGACACCAAUAUGAUGGAGAAGAAGGCAUCGGCCGCCGCGGCAGCCGCUGUGGAUGCCCCCAAGUCCGGAAAGUAUGUGCCGCCGUUCCUGAAGGAUAGCCAAAAGGGCGGCUUGGGAAUGCGGGGACGCGACGAUACGGCUGCGAUCAGGAUAUCCAAUCUUUCGGAGUCGAUGACCGAGGCGGAUCUCGAGGAGCUGGUGAAGAAGAUCGGGCCGCAGAGCAAGAUGUAUUUGGCCCGCGACAAGAACACCGGCCUCUGCAAGGGAUUCGCCUAUGUGCACUUCAAGCAGCGCAAGGACGCGGCCGCCGCCAUCGAAAUCCUCAAUGGCCACGGCUACGACCAUCUCAUCCUCAGUGUGGAGUGGUCCAAGCCGCAGAACAAUUAGUUCGCCCGCGUCCCGUUCCCAGUCAAUACCCGCGUUUACUGCUCAUAGGAGUUCGUACGGAUCGAUCACACAAUUUGUCCCUAUGCUAUAUAAGUUUGCUACAAAUAAAACGUAAAAACUGCCUUCAGGGGCACCGAAUUCGAAA